AUGGCUCCUUCUAAGAGCAAGAACUCGUUGCUCGAGCUUUGCACUUCCUCCAUCACACUCGGUAACAGCGUCGCGGUACACUGCCUCGACUACCUCAGCAUUGUCAAGGAAGCUCCACAUGGCUUCAACAAGCUCGCGGUCGAGUUCUUGGAAACAAGCCGGGUCAUCAUCCCUGCGAGGGCCGGCCUCGCUGAAGCAGAGCGCUCCAAUACCACGCUUCCAGCAGACGUUACAAAUGAGCUACUCGAGCGGUUCCGCCAAGUCAAAAAUGCGUUCACAGUACUGGACCAAGUAGUCAGCAGAUACAUCGACAGCGAGAAGAAAUCAGGUUUCGGAAAACUAGGGAAGGGUUUCCGUAUGAUGUUUGCGGACAACGAAAUCGAGAAGCUCCGACUUUCGCUGGUCUCAUGCCGGGAGGCGCUGGCAAAGAACCACCGCAUGCAGACAUGGAGUCUCGGUGAGGCCCAGAUCGAGCCGGCGGCGGGAAUUGGUUACACUGCCCUCAGCGCUGUCCUGGAUAAGCCGGAUCCAACGAGAGGAAAGCCGUCGCCGGAAAUGCCACGGUCAAAUCUCGUCAGCAGAAGUCCGCCAGAGCUGCCCCCACUGCCGCCAACACCGAUGUACAGCCCAUCUCUGUCUUCUCGGCUCGACAUGCCAUCCUCCAGCUUGCCAGAGAGUGCACUCUAUGAGCGUGGCCUCGCAGCACCUCCCGCUCUUCAGCGCGAUUCGAGCCGAACGUCGACCACAUCGCCACCAUUUGGUAGCCGCACAUCGUCGCUUCCAUUGACGAGCGACAACUUGUCUGACAUCACAACGCCAACAUCGAUCGCAGAAAUGGAUGAGAUGAUGUCGAUACAUGAGCUCAACGAGAAGAGGAACAGGCAGCCAAUGCGCGUCAUGGUGGACUCCUCCAAAGUACCCAGAUGGACACCUUCGCGCCCCACCGGCACAAUCUCAGCAGGUUCAAAGACGGCUCUUCUCGCAGCAGUGCAGCAACAGAACCACAAGAUGAUCGAACAGCUGCUCGACUGCGGAGUCCCAGUGGAUAGUGGUUAUGAACGGAGCCUUCUCACCGUGGCUAUUGUGAACAACGACUUCACCACCAUUCGACUGUUGCUCCUCUUCGGCGCGGAUCCGAACGCCAAAGACAAGGAUUGUUACUCACCACUCUUCUCGGCAACACAGGCUUCCUUCCUUGACGCCGCCCAGCUUCUGCUCAAGUACAGCGCCGACUGUAACAUGUCUGCUGGUCCUUAUGAUGAGAGUCCGUUCGCUCGCGCGCUCAACAGCGGGCAAACUGCUUUCGUGGACCUUUACCUCCGCUAUGGCGCCGAGCCUGAUACAAUCAUGGGCAACGGCAACACUGCAUUCAUCCAGGCGAUCACGAAGACUGUUCCUAUCAACCUCCUCGAGCUCAUGCUUGUGUACAACGCCGAUGCCAAUUGCAAGAACGGGCGGGGAGAGACUGCGCUUUUCAAGGCGAUCAAUGCUGAGCGUCUGGAUUUGGUGGAGCUGCUGAUCAACCACGGCGCCAAUGUCAACCUUCCUGGACCCAAGCACAUGCUCUGGCCAGCCGUCCAUCAGACAUCAAUUCUUGGACUCUUGCUCGAGAAGGGUGCCGAUCUUUCGAAGGCACCAGGUGUUCUCGAACUUGCCACGUCCAUCAACUCCCUUCCUGCUGUGCGAAUUCUGCUCGAUCACAACGUAGACCUCGGCGCCAAAAAGGACGGAAUCUUCACGCCCCUCUGCACCGCCAUCCGAGACAACCACGAAAACCUCGUCGAGAUCCUGCUGGCCGCUGGCGCAGACCCGAAUCUCAAGGCUUCCGAGUACCCGGCCUUCAAGUGCAUCACUCACCACCGACCACAUCUCCUCCCACGCCUGGUCGCUGCCGGCGCCAAGCUCGACAGCCCGAAAGGCAUCAUCGAGACCGCUGUAGCGCACAACGAGAAGGAGUGUCUGCUGUUCCUGCUUGAGCAGGGUGUUGAUGUAAACGCCCGCGGUGCGUCUGGAAACACGGGGCUCACCACUGCGAUCAAGAAUGAUCGUAUCCACUUGCUGGACAUCCUUCUCUCCUACGGCGCCGACCCAGGCGUGCGCGGUCAAGAAUGGCCUAUCGCACUGGCAGUCAAGAAUCCAAAGAUCCUCGCCAAACUCCUCCCACGCAUCGCCCAAUCCAAGAUCAUCAAGGGCGCACUCGAAAUGGCUGUCGUCGCCGACCAACUCGAGAGUGUCAAACUGCUGAUUGCAAAGGGUGUGUCCGUUGAAGAGAAGAACGGCGGUGUCUUCAGCCCUCUCACCACCUCCAUCCGUGAAGACCGGAAGGCAAUCUUCCGAUACCUCAUCGACGAAGCUGGCGCGGAUCCGAACAGCCCGGGCGAGCAUUUGCCGAUCAUCAAGUCUAUUCGACGACAUCGCGAGAACGACCUCAGCUACAUCGAGCACUUGAUCACCAAGGGCGCGGACAUCAACCUGAUGUACCGAGGCUGGAACGCGGUGCUCCAGGCCGUCGACAACGGGGACACACAGAUCUUGAAGCUGCUUGCACAGCGCGGUAACCCAGAUCUUGAUGCUAGGGAUGAAAACGGAAGGAGCGUGCUGGAGAUCAUGGAUGAGAGGGGCUUGAUUGAGGAGGAGAGGAUCCUGCUGGGUGGAAGGAGCCCAAGCCCGAAGAUCAGAGAAGCGAACAGCCAGUUGAGGGAAUUCGUGAGGGCGUAA